GUUGUGCUCAGUCUCCACCUGGCAAGACAUAAAACAUGCCAGUCAAUGAGCAGGUUUGAUUGGACCGCGCUCAUAUUUGGGCGCGAAAUGCGGAAAUUGAGCCGAUGAUCCUCGUCAAGCAGAGAGCCAAGAAGCGCGGUCUCCAUAACCUCCCCUUUUCGGCCCCCUUUUUCUUCUUCUUUUUUUCUUUCUUUUUUUUCGGAACCUAUUAUUACUGUCUUGACACAAUAAAUUUACAAGCCACAUUGAUCGUCGCCCUGCACCGCCUCAUACAGCUGUUAUGCAGUGAUGAUCUGAUAUACCAAGGCUCAAGCUGAGUCCGCCCAUUUAAAUGAUAAUACGGACUAUGGCCUGCGCUGUUUAGGUACA